AUGCGUUUCUUUCUAUUGAUUGCGGUGCUGACAACGUUUUUGGCCACUGCCUGGUCCAUAAAAUGCUAUCAAUGCGACUCGAUGACCCAGCCCCAGUGCAAUGAAUAUUUCUCACCCAAGGGUAUUGAACAGAGUGAAUGUGAUGCCGACGAUAUGCCAGCCUAUUUGACAAAAUAUGGUCAACGUUUUGAGGCGACAGGUUGUUUGACAAAAAUACAUGAAGGAAUUGAAGGCCAUCGCUAUUUUAUACGCCGUGCCUGCUAUUUUGGUGACUUGGAAAAUACCCGAGAAGCGUGUGAAACCGAUGAUCCCUAUUUACCUUAUGCCGAUUUGCUCGAUUGCCAGGUAUGCAGUGAAGAUCUGUGCAACACCGAUGUUGGCCAGCAGAGUAAGCCAACGUGGUAUACAAUUGCAGCAUUCGUAAUUGCAUUGAUUUUUGCCCGUAUGUGGUAA